AUGUCGCCGGUGGAAGUGUGGAGCAAUAGUGAAGACGAAUCUCCCGAGCACGACAGCGGUAGCAACGAGCACCAGCACCAGCUAGGGCUACAGGAGCAGCAGCAGUUUCGCCAAUCGCGGCGUCUGCAGAUGGACACGAUGCAGGACAUCAUCUGCGACGACACGGAUAGGGUGCGAUAUGUGUGUGUGAAAAGUGAUGAAAAUAACGGUGGCGGAAACCACAACAACAACAACAACAACGGCAGUCACAUCAGCAACAACAACGGCGGUGGCUUAACGUCUUCGUCGUCUGGUUGCAGCAGCAACGGCAACGGCGGUAGCAACAACGGUGGCCUACCGAUGGAUAAGGACGAGAAGCGGAUGCGUCGCGAGAUCGCGAACAGUAAUGAGCGGCGCCGCAUGCAGAGCAUCAAUGCCGGCUUCCAGAGCCUCCGGCAGAUGCUGCCGCACCAUGAGGGCGAAAAGCUGAGCAAGGCCGCCAUCCUGCAGCAGACGGCCGAGUACAUUUACUCACUGGAACAGGAGAAGACCCGGCUGCUGUCGCAAAACUGUCAACUGAAGCGGUUGCUCGACCAGCAAGAUCACAACGGUGCUGGUGCCGGACCGGACGCCGGAACGCCUCCGGUCUCGCAGACGCAGACCCAGAUCGCCGCUGGUGUCGGUGGUACGACGACGACACAAAUUCCAGUGGGAGGUGGCGUCGGGGCCCCGACCGGUGGUGUGGUCACCGGUGGAACCACCAACCUGGUAGCGACGACGGUGGCGAAGAAGCGGAAAAUUGACAGCGUGCCGGUGUCGGACUCGUCGGACGAAGGGCUGGGCUCGAUGUCUCCGGAACCGGUGACGCUGCGCACGAACGGUGGCUUCACCCCCAUACCCACUCCGACCACGACGAUCACGGCCACCAAUAACCCGCCGGCCACCGGCACCACCACCACCAGCAAUGGCCGCCAGUGCACGACGGUCAACUUCUCCGUGAAGGACUUCCUGGAGCUGAAGCACCAGCUGGACGUCGAGCGGCGGCAAAGAUCGAGCGUGGAGGACAAGCUGAAAUCGCUGGAGCGUCAACUCGCCUACCCGGUGGUGUCGGCCACCCGACUCCACCAGUUCCACCCGGACGGCCCGGAGUUGGUGGUGUCAGCGUCGGACUGCCUCAUCGAACAGCAGCCAGCCCCGCCGCCGCCGGCGGAAGAGGUGGCCGUUUCGAUCAUCCACAAGUCCACGAUCGCCCCGGCCGGUGGCAAAGUAGCUCGAGUCGGUCCGGCAGUGGCGGAACUGGUGGACGGCGGCAGUGCGGUCCAGGUGAUUGCGCUCGAGUCGAGUGGAGGUAUGCUGGGCGCGAAGAAACACCAGCUGCUGGUGGCCACGGCCGCGGACGUUCGACUGGAGGAAGCACUCGCCGUUCCGCAACAGCAGCAGCAGCAAGUGUACAUCAAGCGGGCCCGGUCGCGGUCACCGGCGGGUGAAACGACGACGACAACGACGACGACGGUGGUCACGUUGCCACCGAAGAAGCACCGCUACCCGUCGAUCCUGGAGGCGGCGAUCAAGGCCGAACCGAAGGUGGAGGUUGAACGCAUCAGCUCCCCAUCGUCGAUCGUGGUCAACGAGGAGCACAUGAUGGUGACGACCACCGGCGCCCAUCUGGUCGGGGCCGGCCCGAAGCUGACGGCGACCGUGCAGCAGCAGCAGCAGCCACCGCGGCUCAACACCUGUCGCCACAAUCUCGAAACGAUCGUCGAAGCGAUCCGCCAUCUCGAGGGCGACGCCUUCGAUGCCGUCGUCCCGACGCAGCAGCAACAGCAACAGCACCAACAUCCACCGGCGUUGCAACCCCUACAACCGCCCCAACCUCACUCGACGUCAUCGACCCCAGCAGCAGCGCAACAGGCGCAGGCGAUAGGAGGCGGCGGCGGGCAUCGACCCAUGCAGGAAGUUCCGCUGGCACUAACCACGAGCAGCAAACAGCAGCAGCAGCAAGCAAUACAGUCAAAACACGAUCGUGAUCACCGCCAGAGUCAGCUAGAACCGUACCUGAAGUUCCGAACGGGGGCUGGUGGUGUGUUGCCCACCGUCUCCACCGUCGUCGCCACCGCCACCAACAACCUCCUCCCGAUCGCCGGAAGUGGCAGCGGCGUCGUGACGGUAGCACCACCGGCUGCCGCCGCCAGUUCGAUCAUUUCCGUAUCGCUCGCAUCGGCGGCGACGACGAUCGUUGCGAACGGCACGGCGGCCAGCCCUGCUACCACCGUACCGCUACCUGCCGCCACGCUCCACCAUCCACACCUAACGCCAGCGACGGCGGCGCAAAUCCUCCAGCAGCAGCAACAGUGUCGACCGGGCGUGAUCGUCGUGAAGCAAAACACAUGA